AUGCCGGCGCCCUGCGUGCAGGCGUCUUUGCUUCACAGUCCAGAAGCCCGUCAGAUCCUCAACGCAUCGUUGAGGGAAUCGCUCGUCGAGGACCCGUACUUUCCGCUCUUUCAGUGCCCUGCGUCGUCCUGUCUGUUACCCUCGUUGGCUGCCCCAGCCUUCGCGUCUUCGUCGCCUCAGCUCUUCUGCGUGGACCAGGAAGGCCACGCGUGCGUCGUGGAUUGGGAAGGCGACUUCAGGGAGCGCAUCGAAGUGCCGUGUUCUUUGGAGUCCGGCGCGAGUGAAGCGGAAGCGCCGGGAGGCACCAUUCGUCUGAAGAAAGCACGAGAAGACGCGUCACCGGAGCACUCUGACCACACAGACGCGUACGUCUACGAGAUUGCUUUCCCGGCUGUCCCGUCGUAUCGACAUCCCUCCCCCGUCAGCGUUUCGGGAACGCUCCGGCCCGUGAAGCGCUCUUGGUCUGUCGUGCGGGUCAAGCAAGAAGACGGCGACUCCGCCUCUUUUUCCACUGCCGCUUCAAGUCACGUUGUGGCAGGUUGGCAACUGGCGGGACCAGUCAACUGCGCCACACCGAUUCAUCCGCUGAUGCCGGAUCGCUUUGCCUUCGGCGGGAAAGAAAACGACAUCAAAGUUUUUGACAUCUCGCAGGGCCGUUACAUUUGGGCAGCGAAGAACGUCAGACAGACCCUGCUCCAGCUCCGGGUGGCUGUACACCCCACGAGUCUCGCGUGGCUCUCGAGCAUCCACCCGCUGCUCCUCGCCGCUGGCACGGCCAAAGGCGCAGUCCGCCUGUUCGACCUCCGCUGCCAGAGACGGCCCGUGUACGAGCUCGAAAACGCUGUUCGAGGGACGCACGACGUCAUCGAGAAACGCGUGAUCUCGGCAAUGGCUGGCGAGGACGUACACACCGCGGACCCGAACGGGUUGUGGAGCAUUUUGAAGGCGGCGUGCAGCGGCGACCGUUUCGGUGCGUCGACGCUGGAGAAGCCGGACGCGCAGCAGACAAGAAACGGGGCGUUUUUGGCAAGCAACAAGGUAAAGAAGGAAGCACACGCGCGCCGAGACUCGGAACACGCAGAGAAAGACGCGAACGAAGCCGCUUACCACGGGCGAGACGAGAAGAAGCGAAGGAAAACGGCAGAAGGAAAGGGUGGACGGGACAAGAGCGGAACCCUUUCGGCAGCAGACGUGCCGGUGGCGACAGAGAAGAAUGGAGACUGUUGUCCUCAACAGGAAGGGACGACGGCGUUAACGCCAUCUUUUGGAGAGGCCUUGAAAGCGCAAGUGAGACGCCUCUACGGCCGACAGAAGGCCAACCUGUAUUUCGCGGACAGCUACGGUGCGGUGUACGUCCACACAGUGUUGACGGAGGAUGCGCUGAUGCGGUACAUUGACGGAGCUGUGAAGAAGCACAACAAGACUUCGUGCUGCACGACCCUCAGCGAAGAGGAAGAGAACGGAGACCACCAGCGAACUGGAAAGAAACGACGGUGGGAAGACCCGCGGAUUCGCAGCAAGUUACUGCUUGCGUUUCAAGAGCGACAACAACGGAAACUCUCGUCCAAAAAAAACGCGUCGAGGCUGUGCACCUCCCCUCUCAACGGGCCGCAGUACACGACCGUCUUCGCGGGAGGCUUCCAAGGCGCCGUCGGCGCGAUCCUCGCCUUGGCAGAAGACGUGACUGGUCGAUGUCUCGUCGGCGUCGGUUACGGAAGGCACGCGUAUGUUUGGCGGCGUUCCUCGCGCAAGCUGAUUGAGAAGGUCUAUCUGAAACAGAAACUCCUCGCAGUGCUUCCGAGCAGAAAAGCCGUGGCUGGCGAAGAGAAGAAGCGAGGGUCGGAGACCGAGUCUGAAGACAGUGGAGCCAGCGACGGGAGCGAAGCCUCCAGCGAGGAAGUUGACAAUGAAGAAAGCGGUGACGAGGAAGCGAAAGUCGAGGGUGAAGAUGACGAUUCAGAAAAUGGACAAGACGAUGAGGAAGAGGAAAAUGCGGAAGAUGGUUCUGGGGAAGACGAGGACGCUGAUUCGGGGGAAGACGAUGAGGAUGAUUCUGGGGAAGAAGAUGAAGAUGAUUCGGGGGAAGACGAGGAAGAUGAUUCUGGGGAAGAAGAGGAAGAUGAUUCUGGAGAAGAGGACUAG